CACAUUUUCCAUAAGCAAAAAUAUAGAAUUUUCAGCUGUUUGAAGCUGGUGUAGCCUACAAAACCGAAAGUAAAAGACGCAAAAACUACACUCGUCUCACAUUGGUAAAGGCAGAUCAAGGCUGAGAAUGUACCAUUUGAUUUAAUUAGAUAUUUUUGAAGUGUGCUUAAACUUUCUCAAAGGAAAAGAAAAAACAGUAGGUAAACACUACGAGGCCACACCUAUCCUUUAUCAGUAUGCUAUAAUUUUGUUGCCAAUCUGCAGAGGUCAGAACACCAGCGUGAAACUCCUUAGGCCAGAGCUGUAUGUUGUUGAAUGUUUUCCUCCUUUAACGUGACCAUGAGGACCACUGAGAAAGCUCUGUUUUGCCACCUCUACAUGUUACUGCUUUUUGUAGGUUUUUGCCAAGGAAAGGACCUCUUCUUCAAUGACAAAGGACUCCUACUUCCAGAAUCCUACAAGAUUGGCUGGAUGGAGGCCAUUGAUGAUGACAAAUUAAUCUCUGACAUCACCAUACCUGGUACCCAUGAUACCAUGGCUCUCUAUGGAGGCCCAGCGGCAGAGUGUCAGGCCUGGGAUUUGGGGGAUCAGCUGAGGGCUGGCAUACGCUACCUGGACCUCAGGAUAUUCGCCUUUGAAAACAAACUCUAUGUCAUGCAUUGGGUUGUCUACCAACACAAGUCGUUCUAUGAGGUCCUUGACACGAUCAGAGCAUUUUUGGCCGAAUUCAGAAGUGAGGCAGUUCUCAUUAGAGUAAAGCCUGAUUUGUUUGAUAAAGAUAAUGUUGAGGAGCUGGUUGGAAAAAUGAUUAUUGAUGAUACAGAUAUAUGGGUGAAGUCUGACAUGCCAACUAUGGCUGAGGCAAGAGGAAAGAUGAUAUUUGUACAGAAAUCCAGCUUUAAGCUGGGCAUUCCUCUCUUGGAAACAGACAGCAAGGAUGACUAUGAAGUUACUCAUAUUGCAGACAAGGAGAACAAAAUUGUGAAACACUUGACACAAGCUUCAGGUGAUUGUGGUGGGGAUUAUAUCGUUCUGAGCUACUCCAGUGGUACUGGCAUUGGCACACUGUUGGGCAUGUUUUUAACUCCCAAGAAGGUGGCUGAAAAGAUUGACCCAUGGCUUGAUCAGUAUCUGAGACAGUUCUCUAGUGACCACAGCAGUGCAUGUUUCGGGGUGAUUGCCAUGGACUUUCCUGGUAUCGACCUCAUUCAAACAGUCAUUAAGAUCAACAGUCAUUAAGUAAAGAAUUUAGUGAUUGUAAUGUAGUAUUGGCAUGCGCUCUUAAACAACAACACUGCACGUCUUUGUACUUUGCCCCUGCUUGCUGUAUUAAAAACAAAGAAAAUCAUUAAAAUGGCAAAGAACAA